AUGAGUGAACAUAGCAGAAUGAAGAGCACUACAGAAUCCAGGUCAGUGCUGGACUCUUUAGAUGGGAGUUCAGCUACAUUCAGCAAGUUUCAGCAACAGUAUUGGCUGACCAAGGAGGUGGUAUCUCGUAAAUUGAAGAAAGAUGAUGAUGUCACAGCUACUGACACAGAGCUAGACACAAAAUUGGAGCUGUAUAAGAGCAUCAAAGACUCCUCAGAAAAACUGCACAAGUCCACAUCAGCCUAUGGGAAGAGAAUCUCCAAGAUGGCUUCUGAGAUGAAUUGCUUUGGGGACUUCCUAAAGGAGAACUCCAAAAGUGAUAAGACUAAGGCUGGGGUAAUGAUGUUGGCUGUUGGCAAGUGCAUGGGUUAUUCAGCCCAGCUUGCCCUUAUGAUUCGAAUCCCAAUGGGAAGACUUGAGCAAGAGGUUGAAACAUUUAGGCAGCGUGCCAUCUCAGAUACUGACCGAACUGUCUCAGAGACAGAGAAAUCACGGCAUGAAUAUAGAGCCACAUUAAUGUGGAUGAAGGAAGCAUCACAAACCUUGGAUCCAGAUGCCCAUAAACAGAUGGACAAAUUCCGAAAGGUGCAGAGGGAGGUGCGCAAAAGCAAAACCAAAUUUGAUCGGUUGAAGCUUGACUGCAUGCAGAAAGUUGAUUUGCUGGCUGCCUCUCGCUGCAACAUGUUCUCCUAUGCUCUACAAAAGUAUCAGGAGCAGUUGCUGAAUUUUUGGGAGAAGUCAAAUCUCAUGGUAGGGAAGCUGAAAAAGUUCUUUGAUUCUAGGUAUGUACCUUAUGACUUCCUUGUUGUCAAGGAACUCCAGAGUGCAUCAAAGGCUCUGGAGGAGCAUGCUCCAUCAGUGGAAGAUCUUUUCAGCACAGGUGAUCCUGAUCUCAAAUUGUUCUUUGAAGAGUUUCAUGAUAUUCUGGUAUUGGAUAAAGAGGGCAAGGAAGGUGAUAGGGAGAAGAGGCAUAAGAAGAAGGGACAGAGAAGAUCAAAGAAUAAAACAGAGGAGGAAAAACCAGAGGAACACAAUGGAGUGGGUGCAGAUUCAGAUGAGAAGAUUUUGGAUCUGGCAGAUGGAACCUUACCCUUACAGCCACCAGAAGGAGAAAAAGAAGAGAAUGAGGCUACUGCUUCUUCUUUGAUUGAUGAAGACUUUCGCAAAGUCUGGGAAGAGGCUUUUGGAGGAGUGGAGUUGUCUGUCAGUACUGCAGAAUCUAAAUCCAUGGAUACAGCACAGGCAUUACAGGAAUUAUUUGGUGUAUGUUCAACACCUGAGAGUGAACCUCCCUGUCUGGUUCCUCCUUCAAAUUCUUCCAAUCCUUCAAUGAAUGUUUUUGACAACCUCUUGCUUCCAUCACAACUGCUAGAUGUAGGGCAGCCAUCUGAUUUUAUGAAUAUGUCAAGCUUUCCCCUGCCCUCUGGAAAUCAGAAUCAGGUUGUGGAUCAGAAAAGCAACAUCAUAACAGGUUCCACUGAGGCAAGUGUCCCUAAUUCCUCCUCCAACACAUCUCUGCCUACCAGCCAGCCAGAUUACUUCAAGUCCUGGUAUAGCAAAUUUGCCCACUUGGAUCCUCUAGCAGAUCCUGAUGCUUUCAAGACUGAAGGGAAUGAAGAUGUUUGA